AUGUCACAGACCUCUGCAUCAGACUCAUCGACACACGGACACCGACCUCCAGGCUUCGACCUCACAGUCGAACCCAAUCUCUCUCUCUCUCUCUCUCUCUCUCUCUCUAUCUAUCUAUCUAUCUAUCUAUCUAUCUAUCUAUCUAACCUGUACAUUAUCUAUCUAUCUAUCUAUCUAUCUAUCUAUCUAUCUAUCUAUCUUAACCUGUACAUUAUCUAUCUAUCUAUCUAUCUACUUACUGUUCGUAUCUAUCUAUCUAUCUAUCUAUCUAUCUAUCUAUCUAUCUAUCUAUCUAUCUAUCUCAUUCUCUUCAUAUCUAUCUAUCUCAUUCUCUUCAUAUCUAUCUAUCUCAUUCUGUUCAUAUCUAUCUAUCUAUCUAUCUAUCUAUCUCAUUCUGUUCAUAUCUAUCUAUCUAUCUCAUUCUGUUCAUAUCUAUCUAUCUAUCUAUCUAUCUAUCUAUCUAUCUAUCUAUCUAUCUCAUUCUAUUCAUAUCUAUCUAUCUUAUUCUGUUCAUAUCUAUCUAUCUAUCUACCUAUCUAUCUAUCUAUCUCAGACUGGCCCUAUCUACUAUCUCAGGCUAUAAAUCAAUGCUGGGUAGUUCAUAUCAAUGUGUACCAUGGUUGA